AUGUUUCUUAUCAUGGUGACAGGCUGGGAAAAGUUGUGCUCUAUGACAAUAGCGCUGGUUGUGCUCUUUCUGUCAGUUAUCCUAUUACGUCAAAAGAGAAAGGGUAAGCUUCCUCCUGGCCCAAGAGCUCUACCUGUGUUGGGCAACCUUCACCAGCUGGAUACCAAGGACUUGGUCAAGUCAUUAAAAAAGCUGAGUAACAUAUAUGGCCCAGUCUUCACUAUUCACCUAGGACCGCAGCCUAAUGUUGUCCUGUAUGGCUACAAGGCAGUAAAGGAAGCGUUGGUGGAACAAGCAGACAGUUUCAGUGGCAGAGGAGACUUCCCUGCAGUUCAUAGAUUCACACAAGGAAACGGAAUAGCAUUCUCCAAUGGGGAAAAGUGGAAGAUCCUCAGGCGGUUUGCCCUUGUUACACUUCGGAAUUUUGGUAUGGGUAAGAGGAGUGUUGAGGAGCGCAUUCAGGAGGAGGCUCAAUUCCUGUUGGAGGAAUUCAGGAACACUAACAAAAAACCCAUCGAUGUAACCUUCUUCUUCAGUCGUGCUGUCUCCAAUGUUAUCUGCUCCAUUGUUUUUGGGAAACGGUUUGAAUAUGGAGACAAGAAAUUCCUGACACUUCUUGAACUUAUCAAUGACAACUUCCAAAUAUUCAGUUCCGGCUGGGGAAAGUUUUACAACAUGUUCCCAGGGAUAAUGAAUCAUUUGCCAGGACCUCACAAUCGCAUUUUCAGGAAUUUUGAAAAGAUGAAAUCCUUUGUGUUGGAAAAUAUAAAAGAACAUGAGAAGACAUUUCAGGCCGACUGCCCACGGGACCUAAUAGAUUGCUUCCUUAACAAGAUGCAGAAGGAGCAAGGGAAUCCAGUGAGCAACUUCAACAUGGAAACUCUUGUGAUGACAACACUAAACUUGUUCUUUGGUGGAACAGAGACUGUGAGCACCACCCUGAGAUAUGGGAUCCUUAUCCUGAUGAAAUAUCCAGAUGUUACAGAAAAAGUUCACAAAGAGAUAGACAAAGUGGUUGGAAGAAACCGGUGCCCAACAGUGGAGGAUCGGAGCAAAAUGCCAUACACUGAUGCUGUGAUACAUGAGAUACAACGUUUCACCAGUAUAAUACCACUGAGUCUACCACAUUCUGUAGUAUGUGACACCCACUUUAGAGGAUACAUGCUGCCCAAGGGCACAAAUGUUAUCCCAGUGCUGACCUCUGUUCACGGUGACCCUGAGAAAUUCAAAGAGCCACAUACUUUCAACCCUGAAAAUUUCCUGGAUGAGCAGAAUCGGUUCAAGAAUAAUGAUGCUUUUAUGCCCUUUUCCACAGGUAAACGCAUCUGUCUGGGAGAGGGAUUGGCCCGCAUGGAGCUUUUUAUAUUUUUCACCACUUUACUGCAAAAUUUAAAAUUCAAGCCCACAGUGCAUCCUGAUCUGAUUGAUCUCACCCCUAAAUUCAGUGGUGUGGGCAACGUACCACCCACUUACCAGCUCACUGCUGUACUUCGCUAGUCUUUAUUCAACAGACCAUUUUGGGCAAUCAGUAACCAUCUUACCCAUAAUGAUAUAUAUUUUUUCUAUCUACUGUAAAUCAUCUGCACAAUACACAUACUUGUGUUUUACAUACUGGCUAUAGUGCUGAUUAUCUGUUCUUAUGUUUUGUGGAUGGACAAGCCAUAUUUAUCACUUCUCUUGCCAAGUGGUAUUCAAGUGUCAUUGAAUUAUAAGUCCCAGCAUACAGUAAAUGCUGCAUUUUUGCAUACUCUCCAGAUGUCCUGGAGACUCCCGAAUUUUAUAGCGCCUCCUAAUUGAGUAGCCAGGGCCCCCCGAAAGCUGACAAGUGCCCCGGUUCAGUGAGGGUGUGGCAAAAUCUUAGAGGUGUGGCUAUGCCACCUCCCA